AUGAACGAUAAGAGUGUUCCCUCUAACUCCAAUCACUUAGAUAUUAGAAUAAACAUCUCAAAACUACUCCAAAGCAAGUUCUCUAGUCAAUCUCCAAUUAUGUGUAGAUCCAAUUAAAUGUUUGGGGAUGACGAGAAAAAUCAUAGAAGAGUAAAGCCUUUGAUCAUUUAUGACGAUAUAACCUAAUUUUAAAUGAGUCAACACUGUAAUGCAGAUAGAUUAAAGACCACUAGUUCAGCUUCUAGUUCAUCCUGCUAAAAAAGGAUGACUUUAAAAUUAACAUAAUCUACAGAAUCAGAUAAUCUUAUUGACAAUUCGACUUCCUUUUACUCUAUUAUUAGCUAAUAUUAUGAUUACUAUAAUAGUAAUCAAAGAGAAAAAAGCGAAAAUUAAUAAAUCCUUGAAAAAAAAUCGGUUAAAAAAAUAGAAAGACUAUAGACAGAAUACGAUGAGCAGGUUCAAAGUCAAAAUGUUAAGAGUAAAAGCUCAGCGAAGUAUGAGAAACGGGGAAAAUAAAAAAAUAUCUCAAAUCUUUCUUUUAAAUAAAAAAUUAUGUGA